AUGCUCAUCUAUCUGCCUAACGUGUCACUGUCGCAUCUGCUUCUUACCAGAUGCUGCACCUACUCCUUAUUACUCACUCAAAGCGACCAACUCAAUCUCUACUUCCUGUACGCAAUCUUCUUAAUCUCCACCUCUCGCAAAUUCACACACUGCUCGCAGCAAGGUACUAACGGAUUACAAUAUGCCUGA